AUGGCUACUCCCACGGACCCCCUCAACUUCAUCCCCGCAGACGUAUUCUUCCCCACCGUUCCCAAUUUCACUAAACCCUCGGAGAUUCUUACCGUUGAAUCAUCUGCUUCAACAUCCCCCAGCGAUCCUCUUCGCUAUGCUGCACACAUCACUCUAAAGGGUGAGCCCAACACUCACUGUCUAGUCCAGUUCGCAUCGCCGCAGAUCUGGAGAGUCAGAUAUAAUCCAAAGUACACUGCUGUUUCGGAUUAUGAUGAUUUCAACUCUUUGGUAGAUGAUCUUCAGCAGGAGUACAGGGACUCUGAGGCUUGGAACUCACAUCCUGCUCAGGAGGGAUGGUUUUGGAAGACCUCUUUUGAGCAGAAGGCCCCAGACCAUUGGGUUCUCACUACAGUUGAGUACGAGACCAAAGAGUCCACUGGUGUCCCAAACACAGCUCUCCACUUCUUCGCCUCUCCAUUCCGCAUCGUCGCGACAAGGAAGCUCAAGGCUCUCGACGCGGACCCGGCGUUCUUGAAGACCGUUGGUAUCGACACUGUGUCUGAGUACGAGCAGAUUAUCUGGCAGACAACCGACCAGACAUUCUCUUAUCAAGGUAAUCCAAGCAUCGGUGCUGUGAACAAUGUCGUUUUCAACAUCAAGAAGCCUGGGUCAGCGGCAUAUCUUGGUUUUGGAGAACAGGGUGGACGGACUGUUAUAAAGAAGCCCACUUAUCUCAACUUCUUCUUUGCUGACGAGUUAGGCUAUGAUAACUUUAACUACUCGAAAGUCUAUGGUCUUGGAGCUCUGGAUACUCGAGAGCCACUUUACCACUCUACACCUUUCUUUCUGGAGAUGAACGGCACUCCCGAUCGAAAGAAUGUUACUGGCGUUAUGGUGGAUAACUACUCACAAGUUGCGAUCGAUCUUGGCAAGAAUGAUUCGCAUACCAUCAGUGUUGCCACGCGCUUCAAUACCUUUGAUGCGUGGAUUCUUACAGCUGAUGAUGUACCAAGGAUGAUUUGUAUACCUCCAUCGUCGGACGACCUAAGCUCAAGCCCCGAUUCAUUCUGGGUCAUCAUCAAGCAUGAUAAAUACCGUACUUUCACCAACAGCAACAAGAAUUUCCCCAACGUAGGAUCGUUCCUGAACGGUCUGAAGGCCAAGGGAGUGAAGAGCUGCACCAACAUCACUCCCAUUCUCACUAUCCGACCCUCGGAUGAAGGUCCCUACAAAGCACUGGACAGCUUCUGGGAUGUGAACGACAAGAAGAACCCAGAGACCAAGUAUAGUCUUCUGGUCGCUGAUAAGCGAUACCUCGACGGUCUGCCCAACAACCAACCUCUUUGCUGGCGCUACGACGGCGGUCUUCAGAACCUGGACCCUAACAACGUCAACCAGCGUGAGAGAUUUGCAGACUAUAUCGGUGCUCUUGACUAUAGGGACGACUAUAAUUUCUCUGAAAACUAUAACAGUGGUUAUCCAUUUCACGGUGGUGUUAGUUAUGGCACUAAUCUCGGAACUCCCGGAUUCUAUCCUGAUCUGAACAGAAAGGCUGCGAGGAAGAAGUGGGGAGAGCAGUAUCAGUAUCUCUUUGACAACGGUCUCGAAUUCGUCUGGCAAGACAUGACAACUCCCGCCGCCGCGAAAUGUUACGGCGAUUCCCUCGGUUUCCCCUCCCGCCUCCUCAUGACAGACGACAGCUACACCAACACCCCCAAGACCAAAACCGCCAUCGAGCUCUGGAGUCUCUACUCCUACAAUCUCCACAAAGCAACGUACCACGGCCUCAACAAUCUCAAAGGCCGCGAGAACAAACGCAACUUCAUCAUCGGCCGCGGUAGCCAGACCGGCAUGCAUCGCUACGCUGGACUCUGGACCGGCGAUAAUGGUAGUUCUUGGGACUUUUUCAGAAUCUCCGUUGCGCAGGUGCUUGCGUUGGGGUAUAGUGGUUUGAGUAUCGCUGGUGUAGAUAUGGGUGGUUUCACUGCUGAUCCAGCUAAUACAUUGCCGAAUCCGAGAUGGAAUCAUUAUUUGCAGCAUCCUGAGGCUAGUUCAGGGGGUUGUAAAGCUUUCCAGGAACCCUGGGCUUACGGUGAUAUUCUGAACAACUUCCCCGGUCCUCUUCCACCCGACCAAGCUGCUUUGUAUCGCUCCGUUGUACCUGUUUGCCGGUAUUACGUACAGCUUCGAUAUUCCCUCCUCCAAGUCCUGUACGACUACAUGUUUGCCAACCUGAUCAACGGUCUACCAGUCGCACGUGCAAUGCUCGUCACCGAUCCCUUUGACACAAGCCUCUUCAAUUCCAACCAAGGAUUUAUCGACAACCAGUACCUUCUCGGCCAUAACAUCCUGGUCUGUCCUCAGGUUGAGCAAAAGGCAGGACGUCGCGACGUGUAUCUUCCAAACUCUGAUAAUUGGUAUCCCUCCAACCUUCGUGUUAACAACCAAGGAUUUGGACCAGAUCCGAUUCUCAAACAUGCUGCUGUGUUGCAGAAACCAGCUCCUGGUGGGAAGAUUGUGGACUAUGAUUGUCAUAUUCCUGAUGCUGUUGCGGAUCCAGAGCAGGUCGCUUAUGUCACUCCUGUGUAUAUCCGAGGAGGUGCUAUCAUUCCUCAGCUUGAUGUUCGUCAGUGGGUCAAGGAGGGCGAUCUGAACUCGCCGACCAUUCAUGUAUACCCAGGUGGCAAGACUACUUCAUACUCGAUGUAUCUCGACGAUGGUGUCAGUCGCGACAGUGCACCCAUCGAUUUGCCCCAGCACAAGUACAAAGACGCAGCUCAAUACACCAAAGCAAAGGGUUUCUACCGCGAAGUCAAGUUUACUCAGGAAAACACCAAGACAAACCGUAAAAUCACCAUUCGGCACCAGUGGGACGGCUACGACGCCAAAGCAACAAUCGGCGACACCUACAACUUUGCCAUCUGGACCGUUCAAGCCACUGCACCGCCCGAGUCACAAAUUAGUGUCGACUUUGAGGAUGAGAACGGGAUGACUGUUAUCGACUCUGGACUGACGUCGACUUAUAUCGUAGGUCGUGGUGUUUUGACGGUUAGCGUACCGGUGCAUCUUGUGCCGUCGCUCAAGACACCUCAGAACUAUACGCAGGGCUCUUUUGCAGAUCGUUACCUGGCUAUUAAUUGGAGCAGCAAACACCUUGUCCAUGUCUGCAUCGUGUCUUUGCUGCACCUGCAUAAUCUACGACAUGCAUACCCGCAACAUCCUCCUCAAUCAAGUGUCUUGCAGGAACACGGAUCGCCAGUACAUCCGCCAAGGAUCAGGGCAUCAUAUCAUCAACACCACGAAAGGCGGUCAUUGACUCACGCCAUCGCCGAUACGUACUACGUUGGCAAUCCACUUGGGCAUCAAUUAUACCACUUAAUCCAAGGAUACAAAACUCUGACUCAUGACAACAAGUUCAAAUUUCUACCUGCCAGCAAAUCUAGCAUCGUGUACCAUCCCCAAUAUGCAUGCCACAUCAUCGCGAUUCCACCAGUGGGGCUUCACCGCCAAAACCCAUUAAUCGGUAUGGAUACCUAUUUCAAGCCCUACAAUUCUCCUCAAUUCUCCCCUCAAACUGCCCAUCACUUUUCUCCAAAUAUUCCCUGUCUCAUCAAAUGUCCCGCCAGAAGAAUGCGUCUCAUACACACCAAAACCUUCCAGCUAGAGGAAUUCUACGGCCAGCCUCCCGAAUAUGCCAUUUUAUCACACACAUGGGGUCCCGACGAGGCCACGUACCAAGACUGGCAGGGCAACCUCGAGCUGAUGAAGCUCAAGAAAGGUCAUCAGAAGAUUCGUCGCGUCUGCGAGCAGGCGAGAAAGGAUGGCCUCAUGUAUCUCUGGUGCGACACCAACUGUAUCGACAAGAGCAGCAGUUCAGAGGUCUCUGAGGCGUUGAAUGCCAUGUUCUCUUGGUACAAGAAUGCAUCGGUUUGUUAUGUGUAUCUGAGUGAUGUGGCGCCCAUUGAUACGGGCGCUUUUGAUCCGAUGGUGCAGUUUAGACAGUCGAGGUGGUUUACGAGAGGUUGGACACUGCCUGAGCUGUUGGCUCCUACGUCGGUGGUUUUCUUUGCGAAUGAUUGGACGACUAUUGGAACGAGAAAGACGCUUGCCAACACGAUUUCGUUCGUCACCAAGAUCGAUCAGCAAUAUCUCGACUGCACCUUUUACAAAGCUAGUAUCGGCGAGCGCAUGUCUUGGCUAUCCAAACGAGAGACUGAAAGGGUUGAGGAUAUCGCAUACUGCAUGCUGGGUAUCUUCGAUAUCAACAUGCAAAUCAUUUACGGCGAAGGAAUGCGGGCGUUCAUUCGACUACAGGAAGAGAUCAUUCGUGUUUCUAACGACCAAACACUCUUCUGCUGGGCCUGGGACGAGCGAUACGUUCCCCACGACUGGGCCAGCAUUCUCUCCCCAUCACCAAAAACCUUCGUCGACUCCAGCAUCUAUACUGAAUGGCCUGUCCAUGAAGCAAAGACAUACACUAUGACGAAUGCCGGUUUGUCAAUCAGGCUGCCUAUUAUGAACACCAUCACCGAAUCAGUCGAGCAAUGGCUUGUUCUCCUCAACGCCAGACGAGACUCAGAGAACCAACAAGUCGCACUGCUUCUGAACCGCCUACCAGGAAAGGACCGCUGCACUCGCAACCGAACACCACCCUGUCCAGUACCAGUCCUCACAGGAUCUACAAAACUCCGAGAAGAAAACAUGUUCAUCGCCGGAAGUCGAGAGCGCGCCUCUUACCAACCCGACUUCCACGGCUACGGCAGCUACGAAGUCCUCGUCACUCUUGAUAGCGGCGCCAUUCCCUACGACAGUAUAACAUCAUGCCCCCGCCUCGAAUCCGGAACUAUCAGCCUCCAAUCAUGGGACCAAGCAGGCCACUACGGCCGCGUUCUCGCCAUCCAAGGCAUGCAAAGCAUAAAAAAGAACGAAAAGCGCGCAUCCGUCUUCAUCGCCACCCUCGUCUUCGGCAUAGAAGUCAUCGGCUCCAAGAUCGAAUGGUUCUGCAAAAUCCGGGGCAUACAAGAAUCGUCCUCCGCCUUCAGCAACAGCACCCUCGAAGAAGCAGUGUACGAAGAGGAGCAGGAUAUUCGGUCUCAACUUGCGAGGACAGGGCACUGGCGGGCUAUCUUUGAUCAAGAGAAGGAUACGACCUCUGAUACUGUGAGAAAACAUGAGAUUGAUCUGUUGACGUCGGUGUCGUUGAGCUCGGGGGUGAGGAUAUCGGCGUCGUCGAUGAUGGCGGUUGCACAUUUGCAGUUGGCGCAUAUUGUUAAGCCAGCAGAGGUUGCGCCGUGGGAUGAUGGGCAUAAGUUUAGGACUGCGGAUGGAGCAAAGGAUUUGUCGAGAUGGUUGAGUGCUUUGGAAUAAGAAGGAAAUGAAAGAAAUGGUUUACGUACAUGAUUUAAUGAAAAUGAUAGAUACACAUACACUAGAA